AUGGACAAGGGCGUGCUGACCCGCGCGACGAGCAAAGAUGACGCGCCGACGCCGGGCUACCUGUACGGCGAGAUUGCGCGCAUGACGCAGCACAGCUACGACACGUGCUCCAAGGUGCAGGACUUUCUGAUUGCGCGCGUGAAGAAGAAGCACCACACGAUCAAGUACAAGGCGCUGCAGGUCAUUAAGCACAUUUGCCGCGAGGGCCGCGUGGACUUUAAGCGCGAGAUGCAAAAGCACAUUCCCACGAUCAAAGAGUGUUUGCAAUGUCGAGGUGUGCCGGACCCAUUGAAAGGGGACGAGUACUAUCGACGCGUGCGGGAGUCGGCGAAAGAGUGUCUCGAUGCGAUCUACGACACGGACAACACGCCGGGACUAAGUGGCAUGGGCAUGUCGGCCCGUAUCCAGGGCGUAGGAGCGAAUCCGAACGACAACACGGGCGGGAGUUCAGGCUGGAGCUCCAAGAUUUGGGGCGGCAAACACUCGAAUGACAGCUCGUUGCCACCGCCGCCGAUGGCUGGACCGCCCAUCGGUGGAUACAACGUUGCAGCGCCACCUUCUGGCGCUCCGUAUGGGUACCCGAGCGACCCCAACCAAGGCAGCUACGGAGGUCCAGCGCCCUAUGGCCAACAACAGCCAUAUCAGCCUGAGUAUCCCCAGCAAGGAUCAUAUGGAGGUCCUGGAGGUGCGGCCAAUCCUGCGUAUGGAGGGGCAAUGCCGCCGGGUCAGUAUGGAGGGGCUCCACCGCCACCUUUUCAUGACCAGAAGUUUUCGGGCAUUGGCAAUCCAAUGUACCAGGACCCACGAGCUGAUGAGAAGGGGUUCUUUAAGGGCUUGAAGGAAAAGGUGGCGUCCAAGUACUCCAAGCCGGAAAAGCCGACAUUUGGUGGAGGCCCGCCAGGGUCAGCGAAUCCUCCUGACGGAUGGAGCUUUGCCACAAACCGUGGUCCGACGAGUGGGAACUACGGCCCGUCGCCUCCUUCGUACAACCCAGAAGAGCCAUACCGUCCUACGGGCUACACUGGAGGAGGGUACCGUCCUGGGUCUCAUGGCCAGGAUCCGCGCGAAUCUGCUAGCACCCAGUUGCGUGAAAAGUCUUACGAUGGCGAUCGCAAGAAGGGUCGUGUUGGCGGUGCAUGGACUGGAACUGACGCUCCCUCGUCUCAUAACGGCCCAACUGGAAUGACGCAGAAUAGCGGCCAUGACAGUCGAUCACAAAGUUUUGGGGGCAACGCAUGCGACACGCGCUCAUACUCUCGGAACUCAGACUACGAGUAUGAUGAGACGAAGCGUCGCGAGCCUGCGCAGGGGUCGAGGUCAUUUCCGCAAUCUGCAAUACUUCCUGGUCAGACAUCUGGCGCUCAGUCAGAUGGCUCUUAUGAGCGAAAUCUGGUCACUGCGCUGUGUGCUCCCGGUGGCAUGCGUGCGAUCCCUCCGAAGGACAAAAUGGAUGCAUUUCUAAAGAGUGCCAUUACACUGGACGCUGAAAUCGUUGGACCGAUCUUGGAAGAUUGUCUGUCAGACGAUCAGUGGACGGUUGUGUCGAAAGCGCUCGCGACAAUCGACGCUUUGCUGAAGACAGAUGGCUGCGAGGAAUUCGAGGAGUACUUUGCUGAGAGCUCGGGCGAGAUCGAGGCUUGUGCGAAGUCAGAGAAGGCUGCUGUACGGGACCGUGCCGCGAAGAUCCUGCAUCACCUUGGUGUUUCUGCUGCUGGACCAGAGGCGUCGGCUUCUAGUCGCGAGUUGCCAAACUCGAAGAAAAAGGCACACAGUGGCAGAGAGCAGUCCGCUAGAACAGCAGAGGUCGAUCUGUUGGGCAGUUUCGAUGACGCUCCUUCCGCAGGCAGCAGCGGAUCGCUCUUUUCCGGUCUGCAUACGAAUGCCUCUUCCCAGCAGCCAGCACAAGAAUCUUUGCAGCCUACCCCGUCGGCGCACGAUGUGUCGGAUAUGUUCGGUGGGUUACAGCUUCAGAGUGGUACGGUAAGCGCGGCAGCUGCAACUGAACCACCUCAAGCACCGAUUGCAGUUUCGGCUCCUGUUCCUGCAGCUCCGGCUCCUCCAUCAUCGUCGAACCAAACAAUGGUGCUGGACCCGCUACUUGAGCCUGUGCCAAUAGCGCCGACGAUGAACCAGGGUUAUGGCGCCCCGAUGAACAUGGCCAUGAUGAACUUCAAUACGCCGCAGCAGAUGGCGCAGAUGCAGCAGAUGCAACAAAUGCAGUACAUGCAACAAAUGCAGCAGAUGCAAUACAUGCAGAUGCAGCAAAUGCAAGGCAUGGGAGGCAAUCCUGGAUCUCAAGUGAUUGGAGCUGCGAUGACCCCUACAGGUUACAUUGCCAAGACGAUCCAGGAGCCGGCUGAUAGCCUCACCUCCGACUCGGGGUUUGGCUUCAUGAAAAAGAAGGAUGAUUCGUUUAACUUUGUGAAGGACGCGAUGAAGAAUGGGUAA